AUGAACUGCUUCCAAGCGUCGCCAAUCAGAAUUGGACAACGAGCACCACAGCUCACACCCAAAACAGCUUCUAGGAAUUACCAUAGAGAGAUAGAGAUGAACCCCUUGUGGGUUGUUGUCCUAUGUUACACCGUACAGGCCACGAUUCCAGGCGUUCCGCCGGACUAUUCCACGGAGCUAGAGUCACAACUUCGGACUGGUUUGUUUUCUGAAUACGAGGUACUCCAACGACCAUCUCAUACUGUACAUGUCAAAGUGUCCAUCACUCUACUGACUGUCAACGAACUGAAUAUCAAAGACCAGGCUCUGUCCAUCACCGCCUACUUUACGUUGUCCUGGAUGGAUGCACGUUUGUCGUGGGCAUCAAACACAACUUAUGGCAACAUCAGAUUCCUGUUCAGUACGGAGACCUAUGUAUGGAGGCCCGCUCUCAUAAUUGAUAACGCAGUGGACGAACUUACAGUUAUGAGUGACAAAAACAUACCUAUCCGGAUCGCAUCCUCUGGCACAUUGCACUGGAACCCGGCAGGUGUUUACACUGUGGCCUGUGACUCGGACAUUACUUUCUAUCCCUUGGAUAUCCAGACAUGUACACUGUCCGUCAGCUCGUGGGCAUACACCAGCAACGAGAUUGACCUCGAAUAUGACACUGACCACAGUAACGGCAUUGACAUUACUUCCUACAGUCAGAAUGGUGAGUGGGAUCUGGUCUCCACCUUUGUAGAGGCAGAAGGUAAUAGCAAAACGAGGGGAUCACAAACUUUUUCGAACGUGAAAUUCUCAAUCGUGCUGAGACGCAAGCCACUGUUUCAUCUCCUGAACACAAUCUUCCCAGUUGCAUUGAUGGCGUUCUUAAGUGCAAUGGUUUUUAAGUUGCCUCCCGACUCAGGAGAGAAGAUAGGCUUUUCUUUGACCGUUUUGCUGGCGUACGCCGUGUACCUGACUUUGAUCUCCGACAACAUCCCGAGCACCUCUGUUUCCGUCUGUUACCUGUCAAUUUAUCUGGCGUUGAUCCUGGUAUUUGGUUCAAUCUCUGUGGUCUGUACCAUCCUGGUACUGAAUUUUCAUCACCGCUCCAAUGAGAAGGAACCCAUUCCGAUGUGGCUUAAGAUGUUCAUCUUCAACAUUGUGGCUAAGGUCGUCUGCUGGAAAGGGCAUUGCUGUUGUCGAAAGAGAAGCGUCAGUCCUUCUUCCAUCAUCCCCGAUGUCCAAUCUACGCCAAUCAAGCACAAUGACCCCGAAAGUAACGAAAAAGUGGUGCCUGUUGCUGAAGUUUCAGCAGAUAAUGACGACGACUUUGACGAGGUGGAGGAUGUCACCUGGCAAGAUAUUGCUGGGAUCUUGGACAAAUUCUUCUUUUUCUUGUUCAUGGUAUCGAUCGGACUAUCAACCAUAGUAAUCUUUUCUUUGCUGAUGAACAACUUCCUGAAGGCAGCCUUUUAGACGAGGCGGUAGGCCAGACAGUGCUCCGAUUGAGUAGAGCAAAUUUGACCAAUAUGCAUGUCCAUGAUAAGGCAUGAGUAUCAGAAAAAUGACUUUCAAUUCACAGUAAACGAUAUCA